UAUAAAUAACAAAUCCCCAAUAAUGUCCAGUCAAGUUCCCAAAAACCUUCCCACCAUUGACACACUAGCAAAUACAUCUCUCUCCCACUACCAAGUGCAUGAACAUAUAUUUGCACAAGAUAAACAGGAGUAUGACCAGUUCAACCUAAAGAGAGGAAUAAUCAGGUCAAGCGGCAGCUAUAUCAAUGAAGACAGGCAAUCCAACCACAUUAAGAGGCGCUCGAACAGUGUCUCCAAGGAAUACAGUAAACCAAAUGAACCCAAAAUGAACAAGAUCGAGUUCAAAUUUGAAACUGAGAUGAGAGAAAAAGCUGAAGAGAAGUAUAGGAAUGAUAGAAUUAGAGAUGUAAAAGUUAGGGAUAUGUACUUGCUUGAUCAAAUGUUCUCAAAAUAAGAUCCCUAUGGCCUUAAAGAGACAUAAUUUUAAGGAUAAAUUUGGCGUUAGACUCUCGCCUUAUUUCAGUAAAACAGAUGUUAUCAUUAAUGAUAAAAGUUUUGAUAAGGUGAAGCCCACAAUUAAGGAAAAUCCCUCUACGGUCAAAAAGAAGAAAUUGCGAAAAAUUCAUAAGCUGCACAAGAGGAUCUCUUCAGAAUCUCCUCCACCAACUUACUGAAAGGAGUACACUAACAAACUUCAGAAUUCAAUCGUGAAAAAGCUUCAUAAGAGAGCUAUUAGUUCUGUGGCAAAGACAGGCUCUCUAAAGUCCAAGAGAUUUCAGAAGGAUAUUUCAAAAACUCCUCUAAAAGUGAAUAGGACAAUAAAUGAAACCAAACUGUUAACGCCUAUUUACAAAACAGCCCUUCCAGCGAGGAUGGAGAUGACAAUAGAUGACCGGGUCCAAACAGGACCCAGGUCUAAGUCAACAGUGAAACUAAGACAUAGGUUAAUUAAUAUCGCAAACCUAUGUUCUGAAGUGAAACGGAAAUAACAAACCAAUUAUAACGCUAAAGAAGGACUUUUUAAUUGAAAAUAAAGAAAUUGACAGAAUCUCGAGCCUAAUGGGCCGCUUAGAGAAACUCAAGGGGAGUGACCCGCGGUCUUUCUACCUCAUAUACAAAUCAAUGCAUAAGAAUAUUGAAGAGCAAGAGUCAGAUAUUUUUGAAACUAGAGAGGAAUUCAGGAAUGGCAUUGCUGACCCUGUUCACUGCAAGAAAAAUAGUCAUCUGUAGGCUUCAGUUUUAA